AUGCCCUCGAAUACCUCCGCGAGCGUCUCGGAGAUUGUUGAUGCAGCCCACGACGUAAGAACAGGAGACAUGAUCGAUGUGGUAGUCGUGGCGCUGCUAGUGUACGACGCACUUCUCUGCUUAGACAAGGAAGUCAGAUAUGUCUGGCAUUCACCAAAGGCUUCGCGCAAGCUCUCGAGGCUUCUGUACAUAUACAACAGAUACAUGUCUGUUGUAUGGAACAUUCUGGCAAUCGGCAAAAUCGGCACGAUCUCAGAUACCGUCCUGUGGUGUAACGGCAAUGUCUAUUUCUGCACAAUGGUUUCCCUGAACUUAGCGAAUGUGAUCCUGCAAGUUGUCGUGUCAUCGCAGAUCGCAACAGACUUCGGUGACACGACCUAUGUGAUACAAUUCAUUGACCCCAUCAGCUCGAUUCUCACUUCUCGCUUCCUUUUGGCACUCUACGAGACGAAUGCACAUCUUCAAAAGGGAGGCACGUCAGCCUCGUCUUUCUCCACACUCGAUUUUGCAGGCGCAGAUCAACCGGCGGAGCUCCCAGAAUUUCUCAUGUCUCUUGGAGGGCCGAUUCAUUCCAUCGACGACGACGAUCCAGAGCUAUUCAGCUUGGAGCCGACGCCGCAGCGUGAGACCGAGGCAGAUUUGGGCGCAGAGACAGAGCUCGGGGCGCGGGUAGACUCCGAGGCAACUGGAGAGUUUGCCUGA